AUGCCCGUCAGCGAUGUUGCGAUGUCGUUAAUCGUCCAAGGUGCGGCCUUGGUGUCCCUCGUCUGGAGCCUUGUUGUCAUUACCGUCUCGUCCACUGGCAUUUAUAAGCUCGUCCGGCAUAACCGCUCGCCCCCAUCGAAGCCGGUCUCGCCCUUGCUAGACGACAACCAGGUCCCCCAUAUUACUCUUAUACGACCGGCCAAGGGCGUGGAGGUUGGCCUGUACGAGUGCCUGGCGUCCACCUUUCGGCAAGCCUACCCAAAGACCAAGCUCACCAUCCACCUCUGCGUGGCAUCCACCGACGAUCCGGCCUAUCCGAUUCUUCGUCAGGUCGUUGCCGACUUCCCAGACGCCGACGCGAGACUGUUCGUCGAGGAAGAUGAUCCUGUUCUUCACGGCGUCGAUGGGCAUGUCAACAGCCUGGGGCCCAACCCCAAGGUUCGGAACAUCAGUCGUGCGUAUCGCGAAGCGAAAGGCGACGUGAUUUGGAUUAUGGAUUGCAACGUUUGGGUGUCGAGGUAUGCGGCCGGGCGAUUGAUCGACAAGUUAUUUGGUUUUCGCCCCGGCGGCGCCAAGACAGCUCCGUACAGGUUUGUCCACCAGCUGCCUCUCGUGGUUGACAUCGAGACCCAGAACACCGAGGAAGCGCAGACGCUCCUGACGGCCGGCGCUGGCCCGGCGGUGACCAUGGGUUGUGGAGGGCGGCUGGAGGAAAUGUUCUUGGCAACCACGCAUGCCAAGUUCUACAACGGCAUAAACGGUAUCGGCAUCGCGCCUUGCGUGCUUGGCAAGAGCAACAUGUUUCGCAAGUCGCACCUCGAGCGCCUUACCGACUUCAAACAGAAUCUAGUCUUGUCGCCGUCCGACGCCUCACGUGGUCGAGGCAUCGACUUCUUCUCGUCGUACAUCUGCGAGGACCAUCUCAUUGGCGACCUAUUCUUCAAGUCACAACUACCCGGCUUCCAGCGCCAUGGGCUUGUCUUUGGCGAGGUGGCCGUCCAGCCCACGUCCGGAAUGUCGGUAGCCGCCUACAUCGCGCGACGCGUUCGCUGGCUGCGCGUCCGAAAGUGGACAGUCAUAGCAGCGACGCUUGUAGAACCAGGCGUCGAGUCGUUCCUAUGUUCUCUGCACAUCUCGUUUGCGCUAACUACGCUCCCUUGGUUCCACGACGUGUUCGCCAUCCCCCAGACAUGGGGCGCGAUGGGCACCAUCUGGGCCUCAACCAUGAUUAUAUGGGUGGUUCUAGACUACCUCCUUACCUCCAUGCUGUUCCGGCUCCAGAGUCUUGACGUGGACGAAAACACACCCGCUUUUGCACGAGGGACCUCACGCCAGGGCGGAACACAGGCUCGGCCAUUUUUAGAGUGGCUGUUGUCGUGGCUUGGGAGGGAGCUGCUUGCUCUGCCUAUUUGGACAUGGGCCGUCCUGCUCGGUACGACGGUAUCGUGGAGGGGCAACCAGUUCAAAGUGCGGAUGGACAUGAGUGUGGUGGAGAUCGAAGACGAGAAGCGGACAACAACUCCUCGGUCUCGGAGCAAAGAUCGCGUCGAUUAA